AUGGGCCGCGGGCGCGGAGCCGGGGGACGCGGCGGGGCCGCCUCGGGCGUGCUGCUGCCGCCGCCGCCGCCGCCAACACCGCCGCCGGCAACACCGCCGCUGCCGCCGCCGCCGCCGCCGCUGCUGCCGCUGCUGCUGCUGCUGCUGCUGGCUGUGCUGGCCGCGGGCUCGGCCAGCGAGUACGACUACGUGAGCUUCCAGUCGGACAUCGGCUCGUACCAGAGCGGCCGCUUCUACACCAAGCCGCCGCAGUGCGUGGACAUCCCCGUGGACCUGCGGCUGUGCCACAACGUGGGCUACAAGAAGAUGGUGCUGCCCAACCUGCUGGAGCACGAGACCAUGGCCGAGGUGAAGCAGCAGGCUAGCAGCUGGGUGCCCCUGCUCAACAAGAACUGCCACAUGGGCACCCAGGUCUUCCUCUGCUCGCUCUUCGCGCCCGUCUGCCUGGACCGGCCCAUCUACCCGUGCCGCUGGCUCUGCGAGGCCGUGCGCGACUCGUGCGAACCGGUCAUGCAGUUCUUCGGCUUCUACUGGCCCGAGAUGCUCAAGUGUGACAAGUUCCCCGAGGGCGACGUCUGCAUCGCUAUGACGCCGCCCAAUGCCACCGAAGCCUCCAAGCCCCAAGGCACAACUGUAUGUCCUCCGUGUGACAACGAGUUGAAAUCUGAGGCCAUCAUUGAACAUCUCUGUGCGAGCGAGUUUGCCCUGAGGAUGAAAAUAAAAGAAGUAAAGAAGGAGAAUGGUGACAAGAAGAUUGUCCCUAGGAAGAAGAAGCCCCUGAAGCUUGGGCCCAUCACGAGGCGGGAGCUGAAGCGGCUGGUGCUGCACUUGAAGCACGGCGCAGACUGCCCCUGCCGCCAGCUGGACGACCUCAGCCACCACUUCCUCAUCAUGGGCCGCAAGGUGAAGAGCCAGUACCUGCUCACCGCCAUCCACAAGUGGGACAAGAGGAACAGGGAGUUCAAGAACUUCAUGAAGAAAAUGAAAAACCACGAGUGCCCCACUUUCCAGUCCGUCUUUAAGUGAUCCUGGAGCGGGUUGGGGAGGGAGUGUGGGCUGGGCUGAGGGAUGGGGGAGUGGGCAGCCCUGGCUCCUGGAGCUCCCCCACACGCUGCUCCUGCCCAGCAUGGCUGUGGUGGUCCUUGUUCCACGGCUGGCUCUGUUCCUGCAGUAUUCCCACUCCCCUCUCUUCACAGCAUGCUCGACCCCAGCAUAGCCUCUUUCAGCUGUGGUCAGGACCCUUUAGAUUAGGAAGGCUUUUAAAGGCUAUAGUGGGGACUGGUAGUCACUGUGCCAAAGGAGGGGCAGAACCUUUUCACCCAGAGUUGCAGGCACAAAAAGAAGGAAUGAAAGAAAAUGUUUGCCAGUUCAGGAAAAAAAAAAAAAAAGGCAAAAAGUGUGAAGUGUGAGAGGGCUGCAAAACGUACAUUACAUAUCCUAAGUGUCAUUACAAGUAGCUUACAGGUCCUUUGGCUAAUCUAAGUCUUUGGAGGGAGUAGAAAGUUUUGGCCACUGUCCGGUCGGUAGCUUUUAGUUCCAGGGCAAUUCUUUGUAUGCAUUAGAUUGAAAGAGACACACCGCACUCAUGUCGAUUCUGAAGGUGCUGGGUGGGAAGGAGAAGUCCAGGACAGGCUGUGACAGUGAGACACAAGGAUGGCCAGGCCGCCACUGCCUGCCUUGCCUUCUGCUUCUGUAUCCGUUGCCUUUGAUAUGAACCUGGUAGUCUCAGAUGUCCCCAAGUGCCUUUUCUGUCAGCCUGGGUGUGCCGCCUUUGUGUAAGGAAGAGGAUUAUAGGAGACGUGAAGGGCCCAGGAGUUUGCAGUUGACAAGGUAAUGGCUAGUGGUUUUCACGAACAUAGCAAAGAAAAAAAAAAAAAAUCUAGAACCCACAGAUGACUAGGAAGGGGGACUUGUGAAACUAGGUGAAGAGCUUCUCCUCUCAUUUCCUCUCGCAGUUCCUUUUAGUUUUUUAAAAACAUCAACAUAUAAGUGACAAAAAACCUCCCUUGCUGGCCACAGUUUGGGGGGAAGUCGACACUGAGCAUUUGAAAGGUGAACCAAGACAGAGGUCUCCUGACCCCAGAGGAGGCUGGCCCUCAUGAGCGCUCUCUCGCAUGUGCAGUGGGAGAUGGGCCUGGCUGCCUGGCUGCCAUCAGGUCUUCUGCUUUCCUACAGAGGAGCCCAUCCCUUUAAAGGUGGGCAGUGCAGAACAGCGGCCUGCCUGGCCCUCCACGUUUCGCUUGUGUACUUCUUCUCCCACACCGCCUCUGCAGAGGAUCAGUGUCCCCAUGUGAGAAAUCCGUUUUAAAGGCAAACCACCUCUGCAGUUUCCCCAAGCAAACCAAAAUCUUCCUCAGUUCUUUUAGACAGUGUUACUCCUAUUAUCCAACACGAGGAAGUAGUUCUAAACUUAACACACACACACAAAUGCUAGUUUCUUCCAGCAAAGCCUGGUUCUUCAUCCCCAGUUUCCUGUCAAGGACCUUAGAGGUUGUCCCCCUGGGUGGAUGUUUGUACCCAAUGCAGAGGCAGUAGUGAGCUUAAGGAGUCUCCCUGUAGCCCUGGGCCGACCCGGAGACAGUGAAAGCUUCUGUGAACUUCUUGAAGACUCUAGCCUGAAAAGCAGCGUGCCGACUUGGUUAUUUUUCUGAGUGAGGUCCUGACCUAAUUACACACAGAUCGCAUUUAUCCCAACACCCUUUUCCACUUCUCUCUGACCUUUAGUCAUGAAGUACUGAGGACCUUAAAUGAUUUUUGCCUAUGAUUUUGGAAGAUUUAAAAUGUAUAUUAUAUAUAUAUAUUUUAGUAAUUAGAAACACUACUUUCCUCUUGUCCAGUUGACAUUCAAAGCGAUUUCAUGAGUGCCUGGAGCUGGGCCUUGAGUCGUAAGCUCAGAAGUUGGGCCCACCUCCUCAUCUCUGCCAAGAGCAUUCUGCAGCUGGGCCUUCUCUGUAGCAUGGCCUUUUCUGGGUGGGUUUACCUCGAGCAUCAGCAGUUCCUAUGGAAGACAACCAAGUGGCCAUGUUGGGCAGCUCUCUAAAUGGGAAUUCCCCAUAGGGAGAAACACUGCCAGAAAGGAGUCACAAUAAACUGGAGAUGUGAACUGAA